AUGUGGGAGGACGAGGGAGACUACUUUGACACGCCGGCAUUCCCAGACUACCCCAUGGUCUCUGAGGAGAUUGUCUUUCACAUAUUCGUCCAGCUCGAGCCGCGCGACCUCUGCACACUCUGCCGCGUCAAUUACGUGUGGAAGCGGCUAAUGCUCGAUCCGCGGCUGUGGAACAGACUCGGCCAGCGAUACAUUGCCGAAACCGCAGCCAUGAUGCAGGAAUACGACACAAUGUACUCGCCGACAGAUGCGCUUGAACGAGACAUCACGCGUGGCCAGAAAAUGAUCAAAAGCAUCAAGGCCUACGAACAAAAGCUGCGCGCAAGGCAACGGCUCACGAUCAUUGUGCCAACGAGCGUCCGCCAGCGUUUCUUCUUUCCGGACUUUCCGGACAUUCGCACGUCGCUCGUGCUCAAGAUUCUCUCCUACCUACCCCCAGACCAACUUAGCAAAUGUCAACUCGUCUGUCGAACAUGGCGAAAAUUUGCUCGCGAUCAAUCAUUAUGGCGAGCAUUCCAUGAGCGCGAGACUUGUCACUUGAAUGCACUCAAAUCGCAGUAUGACCAGCUCUUUUCCCCGCCAGAGGAGCUAGAACGGGCCAUCAACGCGUCCAAUCAAAAACUUCGCAGCUUCUCCAAGCGAAUGAACAUUGGACUUCGCGAGCAAAUUGCCAAGGCUGAGAGUCAGCCGAGUGCUCGGCGUCUCGCGAUCGCUUCGGGGGCGAUUUUCCCGCGCUGUCCGCGGUUUUCCUCUAAUCUUUUCUUGUAUAUACUAUCAUUCCUGUCGGCCGGGGACGUGGCGCGGUGCAUGCGGGUCUGCUCGACAUGGCGCGCCCUGGCCGAAUCCAACUCGGAGCUCUGGGCCAGCGUCGCCCUGAACGAGACCGAGCUCCUGCGUCGACUCACUAUUACCUACGAAAGCAUGUACUCGCCACCGGAGAGCCUUGAGAUUGCCAUUCGCAGCAAGCAGAAACUGGUCGAUUCCAUUCGCAAGCUCAAGCGGCUGUUGGUAUUGCGAAAUAAUGCCCUCAAUAAGCAUUCGGCGUUUGUCCAACGCGAAGGAAUAGCCAUUUUACCGCGAGCGGGCGCCGCAGCUUUGCCAUUGAGUCUUGGUGCGAUUUCCGCACAGCCACGGAGUCGCGUUCGCACUCGAGCAGACUCGAGUCCUAGCGGUCGAACGGAUGGCUCUCGGAAGCCUUCCGCCCCGAUAUCAGAAUAA